AUGACAUCUGCAGAGCCACAGAUCAUCGACGAUAAGAGUCCCCUUUGUAUUCCCUUCAUCACGGGACUAUUGGAGAAGCGUUCGCCGCAAAAUGGAGAGCGCCCAUUCAUAAUCGGCCUCAAUGGUGUUCAGGGCGUCGGCAAGACAACCCUCGUCAAAGCACUGGCCGAGACGCUCACCAAUCUCGGCCACACCACGCUCGUCUUCAGCAUCGACGAUCUGUAUCUCAAGCACGAGGACCAGGUCGCCCUUGCCCAAUCUCACCCGGAUAACCUCCUGUUGCAGCAGAGAGGCGAGCCUGGGACCCAUGAUAUGCAGCUUGCCCAAGCCUUCUUCGACAACAUCACCAGCGGGAAGCCCGCCAAGGUGCCGUCAUACGACAAAGCAGCCUUCUCCGGUCAAGGAGACCGUCUUCCUGAGAGCCGAUGGGCCGAGGUGAACAGCCCAGGCCAGCGAAAGAUUCAAAUCGUCAUCUUCGAGGGUUGGUGUGUGGGCUUCCGUACUCUGCCGGAAUCCGAGGUGGAGGCCAAGUGGAAGGGCCCUAGCAGAACACUCCAGCAGCACAAACUUGAACACUUGCUGCUGGUGAACGAAAAGCUCAUAGGUUACGAUAUCAUGACCAACCUCUUGGAUGUAUUCAUUCACAUCGAUGCCGAGGAUACUCAGUACGUCUACGACUGGAGGUUGCAACAAGAGGCCGCACUCCGACGGGAAAGGGGCACCGCUAUGACUGACGAGCAGGUUCUCAAGUUCGUUGAUGGUUACUACCCUGCUUAUGAACUAUUUUCAGACACAGUCAGGAGAGGAAUAUUGCCAAACAGCCCUGGUCACCAGAUGAGACUCGUGGUCGGCAAAGACAGAAGAGUGAAGGAACAUUUUGUUAUAUGA